AUGGACCAGGAUCUUGGAACCAAUGGACUGAGAAUGACUAUUAGUCUUGCAAUUAUAACAAAACGGAUUUAUCUCUCUGCAUUUUUGGACUGGUUGAUAAGAGAUACAUGGGGAGUAAUUCGUUUGCUUGGUAAAGGAGCGUAUGGCCACGUUUAUCAUGUUAUCAAUAUCAAAAAUGGAGUACAGGCUGCUUUAAAGGCAGAAAGCAAAGCUCAAGCAGAACGUGUACUGAAGAUGGAGAAGAACGUUCUCCAAGGCUUCAAAGGAGUUAAGGGAACAAUGCAGCUAAUCUCAAUGGGUACAACUGAUACCUAUUCGUAUAUAGUGAUGACGAUGUGUGGAGCUGAUUUAGCACGGAUAUGCACUGUAGUGGGCACUUUAACGGACGGGACACUUCUUCGAUUAGGGAUCCGUACUCUCUUAGCGUUGAAGCAGGUACUUUUGAAAAUUUUGCAUAGUAUAGCUCUUAUUGAACACAAUUGCUUCUUUGCUUGCUUCGAAAAUCGCAGGAUGGCUUUGCAAAAGUGUUGAAA